AUGCCGCAAAAAAAGAAAAGUAGUCUUUCUCAAUACACUAGAAGGGCUAAAAGGAUGAGACAAGUUCGAUCGCAAGAGACAAAUGAGGACCGUUUAGCUUACAAUAGAGAACAAACUGCGGAAUCUCGGGCAUCAGAGUCCAGUUUUAAUAAUGAAACGCGCUUAGCUACAGAUCGCGAACGUCACGCGUUGUCUCGCGCUUCGGAAACAUUAACAAAUUACUCUCAGCGUUUAAAAGUAGACCGUGAACGUCAUAUCGAGUCUCGAGCUUUAGAGACGUUUACGGAGCAUUCAGAAAGGUUGACUGCAGACCGUGAACGUCAUGCUGAAAGUCGCGCUUCAGAAACGUUUACGCAAUAUUCAGACCGCUUGACAGCAGACCGUGAGCGUCAUGCUGAGUUUCGCGCUUCGGAAACAUUUACGGAGUGUUCAGAACGGUUGACUGCAGACCGUGAACGUCAUGCUGAGUCUCGCGCUUCAGAAACGUUUACUCAAUAUUCGGAACGCUUGACUGCAGACCGUGAGCGUCAUGCUGAGUCUCGCGCUUCAGAAACGUUUACUCAAUAUUCGGAACGCUUGACUGCAGAUCGUGAGCGUCAUGUCGAGUCUCGCGCUUCGGAAACAUUUACGGAGUGUUCAGAACGGUUGACUGCAGACCGUGAAAGUCAUGCUGAGUCUCGCGCUUCAGAAACGCUAACUCAAUAUUCGGAACGCUUGACUGCAGACCGGGAACGUCAUGCAAGAUCACGUGCUUCGGAAUCAUUUACUCAAUAUGAAGCGAGGUUAGCAGCAGAUAGGGAGAGCCGUUCGGUAAGUAGGACACAUGAAACCCAGCAGGAGCAUGACUUACGCUUAGAAUUGGCAAGGGGAUAUUAUGAAAAUUCGCUUCAACACCGUAACGAACUUUUGUCUUUACAAAGGGAAAGAGUGCAAGCAAUUAGGAGUAACGAGACAGAGAGUGAACGUGCAAUUCGGUUACAAGCUGAUCGUAUUCGUACUUUUAUAAAUCGUUCACCCACCUUUACUCCGCCAUCUAUGGACAGAGAGAACUACACUGAUCUCCCUUGGGUUGAUAAAGAAAAUAGUGGUUUUACCUACACUUUUAAUAUUGACUAUAGUGAAUUUGCCGAGAUCGGAAGAAUGAUUCGCACUUGUAGUCAUUGUCAAUCACUUAAGUGGUCUAAAGAAUCAAACGGGUUUUGCUGUUCAGCUGGCAAGGUCAACCCUUAUGUAUCCAAUUUCAAAGCUGUACUAGAGUCGAUCCCUCAAGAUGAAUACAAUAAUUAUAAGUUUGUUAUUAGCGCGGAUAAGCGACCUUUAGUGCAACAUUCCGGCCGUUAUAAUUCUCCAUCCACCAAUGAAGUGGCAGUUGUCCUGGUGGAUCAGCAAUGCGACAAGCGCGACAUUAUAGUACGCACGCGUGAUGACCGCCUGCAACGAAUUAGUGAGACUCAUCGUUCUUACGACUCCUUACAAUACCCACUUAUUUACUGUCGCGGUGAAGAUGGUUACAACUUUACGGUUUAUCAAGUUGACCCCGCUACAGGAGCACCUCGGUUAGACAGAAAAGUUUCGGCUCUGCAAUUUUAUUGUUAUCUCAUGCAAAUAAGACAACGUCGUUUUGUAUAUUUAUAA